AUGGGCCCAGCGGUGCCUUGAUGGAGCAUGGGUCAGGUUUUAGGGUUCUCCCACUGCAAGGAAUUCGGUACAGUGAACUCAACACCUGACUCUACUCCUCCCUGCUCAGAUGGUGGAAAUGAGGAGUCCGACUUUCCCGAGCUGCAGACGGCCCGAGAAUGGUCAGAUGAGGAUGACGAAGGCCUGGAGGAUGACGAUGCAUGUCUCAGCAGCUCAUCCGUAUGGGGGACGCCGCGUCAGAACUCAUUUGAGCUCACCUUCUCCUACAUUGCCUUCUCGGAGAGCGAUGGCUCAUCACGGAGAGACUCAGGGCGCCGCAGGACUGGGCCGAGGAGCGGCCGCGGGUCACUGCACCGCACGGAUACUCUGGAGACACAGGCACCUCCAGACUCGCCUGCUGUCGAGUGGGACCCUCAUGCCUUCCUGACUCUGGACGGGGAGGGAGACGUGGAGGAGAGCCAGACAUGGACUGUAGAGACACAGAGUCUGGAGACGCUUCAGGAUAAAGAAACAGGGAGUUGGGACACAGCGGAGAAGAUCUCAGGCAUCCAGAGUUACAACUUAAUGUGCAUUCAACAAGAAGAGCAAAUAACAGUACCGCAGCUUCCUGCAUCAGACCCUGCUGUUGCCACAGCCACUCUGCAGACGGCGGACGCAUCACAUACAAUGCCUCCGUCCAUUGGUCCAAACACUCAGGAAGAGCAGACCUGCAAGCAGUGGUUCUCGACUCUCAGCCUAUCAGAGGGACCAACUAUUCACAUCCAGAUAGCAGUAAUGGACCUGGUCUACUGGAAGGACAUGGAGCGGACGGGGAUGGUGUUGACAGGCUUGGUGGUGGCGCUGUUGUCUCUGUUUCAGCUGAGCAUCAUCACUGUGGUGUCCACUCUCUCGCUGGCCAUCCUGUGCUUCACCAUUUCAGUCAGAAUCUACUAUAAACUGCUGCACGUGCUCCAGCUGGGAGAUGGAGUUCAUCCCUUCCAGUCAUAUCUAGACCUGGACAUCAGUUUAAGUGGUGAAGAGGCCCAGCACUGUCUACAGAGGGCCAUUGUGUUGUCCUGCUCCGCUCUGGAAACCCUGAGAAACCUCAUCUUUGUAGGAAACCUGUUCAGCUCACUCAAGUUCUGGUUGCUGAUGUAUGUGGUCACGUUCCUGGGGAACCUCUGCAAUGGCCUUACCUUGAUCAUCAUCGGUGUGAUUGCCAUCUUCUCUGUCCCUUUGUUUUACACACGUCACCAGGAUAAAGUGGACAGCUGCAUCGUAGCAGUUCAAGCUAAAAUUGACAACAUAAAGGACUUCUUUUAUCGCCUGACCCAGGGUGGCGGACCACCUCCAGAUCCCACCCCUGGUGGAGCUAAACCCAAACCCAUUGAGACAAACAACACAGAAGAGGAGGAGCCAUGUGCUGUCACUCAAAAAUGUCUUAAUCAGUAGUCUGUGCUCAGAGUCCCACCCCUGCAGCAGUGAGGGAGGGGUUUAUGACACCACGGCCUUAUAUGGGAGGAAAUAUAAAUUUAAUGGAGGACAAUCUUCUUAAAUGACAUUGGUAUUUGAAUAAGCGAAAGACAAGUUUUCUCUUUACACACUUCAGUGUCAGUAUGAGUUUAUGAAAGAAACACAGACCAAGAUACUCAAUAAUGGUCCCUAUAUUGCAAGCUGUAUUAACAUUUCAUCUGUAAAAAAAAACUAAUAGCAUCUUUUUUCAUGUUACUUCACUUUAUACUCAUAUAAGACAUAUUAGUGUUUUUAUUAAAAGAUACUAGUAUUUAUUCAUUAGAAAAUAGUACUUUUUCUUUAGGUAUUAGUGCCUUUUGAUACUAGUAUCUUCAUAACUCAACCUCAAUUAAUAACAAUAACUCAUAAAUCAAUUACAUACUGCUAUGUGCAUUUCUGGAGCACCAAUUAUGUCCCAGGAGCUACCUUUUUUGAAGUUUAUGUUUUCACGAAUCCACCAGAGGCCGCUGUGUACACUUUUUCAGACCUCUAAAUUCUCUCGCGAGUGCCAUUUGCACCUGCUGUUCUCGUGUAAAUUCACCAGAGGCCGCUGUUUUCUGACUGACUGACUGACUAAUCGACUGACCACCUCCUCCUUCCCUAAACCCAACCAAUAGUGUUUUCACAAGCACCGAUUGACCAGUGCCCACCCACUUCCCUAAACCCAACCGACAGUGUUUUCAAAAGCAAUUCGGAUAAAGAAAAGACCUUGCGGCAACCUGAUUUUUGCCACUUUUACAGAUUUUACCACAUUCUCACACUGGUAAUUCCUUGUUGUUUUAUUAUGUUCUAACUGCUUUCUGGAACCGUUCUUCGCCUGACUCGAACAUCAUCGUCAUGGUCAAUUCCGUUCUGCAUCUCAAAUUCUCUGACGUACGCGGCUAGCCACUGAACAAACUUGUAACAGCGUCCAUACGGAGCCGUCCAUACGGAGGUAAGCCGUCAGCUUGUAAGCACGAAAAGGAACGGCAUCAUACUGACCUUUAUCGUUUGUUUUAAGGACGAAAUGCAGCCAUACGUUCCUCUGGCUACAUAAUUCGCAAUCUCCAGAAAUGUAUAUAGGGGUACAUUUUCAGAAUAAGCCCAUAUUGUUAUAACUGUUACUACUAAUUAUUUGUCACAUAUAUUUGAUAGAUAUAAGUACUACUCUCUAAUUAAUAAGUAUGAGAACCAAAUGAAUAAGUACUAGUAACCACUAAUAAGGUCUAGUAUUUAAGGUUACACUUUAAUUUAAGGUGACAUAGUUUGUGUAAUUAUCCAUUUAACUGCAGAAUAAUAUUAAUUAAUUACAUGUAGUUACUAUAUGGUUGGGGUGAGAAUGUUGGGAUUACUUAUAAUUGUACAUAAUUCACUGUUAUUGCUAUAGUAAGUGCAUAGAACAUUUGUAACUACGUCACCUUAAAUUAAAGUGUUAAAUUAUCUAAUGAAUAAAUGGCUCCUGUGUGGCAAGCGGUUUUAACUUUUCAUCUAUAAAACAUAAUGGUAUCUAUUUUAAUGUACUUUUACUUAUUGGUUCUAUUCUCCUAUUUUUGUUAUAGUACUUAUUUGUUAGCCAGAAGUGCUUGUUUUAUUAGAUACAUUUUUAAAAGAUACUAGUACUUAAUCAUUCAAUACUAGUACUUAUGGCCCAUUCCCACUGAGUACAAGUCACCUUUAUCAGGCUUGCAUUUCCACUGCCAAAAGGGUACCAAUGGUGGGCAUGUGGUUCAACAGAACGUUUCAAUCGAUGUCAUUCUCGCUCGAGGAAAUGUCAAAGUAAAGCUGUACAGGUCUUUCACAUAUCAUAUGAGAAGCACUUCUCACAAAACAGAUUUAUACACAUAAAUAAUUCUGUAUAAAUGUUCAUUGUUUUUCUAUGAACAUGAUUUAAUUAUAACUGCAGAUCAAUGAUCAGUGCGAAAUAGCCUACUGUAAAUUAUUUAAAAUAAAUAAAUAUGCAACAUGUAUGAACACAUACAGAUACUUAUAGUCUCCAAUAUGUUACCAAUUACAGAAAAAAACUACUUUGUUUUUUUGGCUUCUCCUUUGUUUUGUUUUUUUGUUUUUUUGCGCAUCGCUCUCACGUUUGUCCAUUGCUGAAAGGAUCGGAUGUCAGACGCACUUAAUAACCACGUGCACGUUAUUAUCAUCAGCUGAAUAAAUUUUUUAUCUCAAAUAUUGAUGCAUGGUGAGCUCACAUGAGAAAACAAAACUGCUCCCGUUUUAUACGGCCUUGUCAACAACUACGGGGCACAGGGUAGAUUCUGUUCUUCUUCUUGGCUUUGUGGCUGUUCAUCAAGACAACAACAAUGUUUGUUUGAGCUCGGGUUGACCAUGUCUCGUUAUUAUAUGUAGAUAUUAUCAUGGUGUAAUGUCAAGGCUGUGUGUUUAUAAAUGGUGCUUCCUUUAUUUUCAUUCUCAUGGCUUGUGUACAUGCUAGUGACGUAUCUCUGUAAACCAAUAGCAUUCAGCUGCACAUCUACAGUAGCUCUGCCUUUUGGUACCUUUUUGUUGAGCUAGGUUCCCUUUUGAAAAUGUACCCAAAAAGUGGUAAAGUACGGUUAACUUUUUAAUACCUUUUGACAGUGGGAAUGGCCUUAAAAGUGUACCGCACCAUACAUUUAUAAAAUAUUCUAGUAUUGAUCCAUUACAUAUUUGUUACAAAUAAUUACUAGUAUGUAAAUAAUAAAUACUAGUACAUACUUGACUGAAUAAUUGAUAUCUUAAUGAGUUUGCCUAGUAGUCAAUGGCAAAACUUUAGGUUUGCUAAUAGUAGUUGUAACACUUUAUAAUAACUACAUACUAUGAAUCAUUUACUAAGCAUUAGCAUCUAGUGAAUUCAUUGUGUGUUAAGCAUUAACUCUACAUUAAUAAACGUUUUUAAGCAGUUUAUAACUGCAGAUACAAAUGCUGUAUUCUUGAAUUAAAACCACAUUCAUAAUAUACUUAAUAAUUGUACUUUCAUACUUUGUUAAUAAUUUAUUUUUCAUUAAUUACCUAAUCUAAAGUGAGGACUAUUUAUGCUUUAUAAAUCCCUUAUAAAUGACAAUUAAAGGCUUGGUAUCAAAUGAACAAUAAUCUUGGCAAUCUCAUCUAAAAAGUAAAAUUACUGUAAAGUUUAACCAUUGCUGAAUAACAGGAGUGCUAAAAUAUAACAUACAAUUGGAUAAAACAACAACAUUAUGUUACUUUAACAAUAUAAUAGCAUGGAAUGUUUGAACUGUACAGUAAUUUUAUUUUAGAUCAGGUUGCAAAGAUUUAUUUUUCAUUUGAUACAGUUUCAUUUGUGUAUCUUCAAAUGAAUAAAAAUGAAUAAUGUUGUUUAUGUUCUUUUUUCCUGUUUAGAAUUUAACUUAGCCUUUAAUUGUCAUUUUAUAAGGAAUUUAUAAAGCAUAAAUAGUCCUCACUUUAGAUUAGGUUACAAAACGGGAUGAAGUUGAGUUAAUAAAGCAUUUAUUAACAUACAUAGUAACUAUUACUAUAUGCCUGAAUAUUAAGAUAUUUAAAUGUUAAUUUCAAUAGUUUAUUAAACAUUUGAUCUUAUAAAAACACUAACAAUGCUUAAAUAACUGGUUUGUAAAUAAUGCAAUACUUAAUUUAGCAAUGAAAAACAAAUCAUAAACAAAGUAUGAAAUUAGAGCUAUUAAGCACAUUGUAAAUGUGGUUGUAAGUCAAGAAUACAGCAUUUGUAGCUGCAGUUAUAAACUGCUUACUAGCAUUUAUAAAUGUAGAGUUAAUGCUUAACAGACAAUGAAUUAACUUGCUUAUGCUUAAAAAAUGGUUUAUAGUGUGUAGUUAUUAUAGAGUGUUAACAAUUAAAACAGUAUGCACUAAUGUGUACUAAUGACUAAUGAAUAAAUACAUCUAUUUAUUAAAUAAAUAUCUAAUAAAUAAGUUCUAGUAUCUAAAUAAUAAGCAUUAGAAGCUAGUGAAUAAGUGUACUAGUACUUAAUCCUUUGACAUGUAUGAUCACACUGGUGUGUUCAGAGUGUUCGGUGCAUUACAUGAUCAGCUGCUAAAUUUAAAUCUGCUUUUCCGUGUAUCUUUAUGCAGAGCCAGAAAAAAAAUCAUCAUAAAUAACAAUUUUUCUGGGUUUUCAAACAGAUAAAUCUUAUUUUAGAUUUCACAUGAGUACUAGCAAAACAUUAUAUUCAUGGUUUGUAAAAUAGACAUAGGUGUCUAUGAAGAUGGCAAUAAUAAUCAAUUUUUAAAAAUUACUUAAUUCAUGUCACAUAUGCACUGUUUAUAUUACUAGAACGUUUACACCAUUCUUCUCGCAGUUAAAUGCUCACUUACCCUCAUGUUUUUCAGAAGAAGUUGAUGAAUUAACAUGUUGUAAAUCCAGCAGCUUUCAUCCCUCCCCUGCAGUGCAAACUAACACAACACCCAUCACAGAUCAAAUAAUAUGAUCAUUAUUAAACUCUUUAAAUCACAAAACACAUGUUCUUAAACAUAUUUGACAAUCUGAAUAUCAGAUAUAUAACAAUAUAGCUAGCAUGCUUGUCAAUAUUUGCAGAAAAAAAAGAAAAAACUAGGAAAAAAACAAUAUAUUGACAGGUUCUAAAUAACAGUCACAUUAAAAUGCACUUGCACACUCAUGGGAGUAUUUAAAUGUGAAGAGAUUAAUGUAAAAAAAAUACCAGUUUCUAAAUAAUUAGUACUAAUAGCAUGAACAUAGAUGCUAUAGUGUGUUUUAUAGAUGAAAUGCUAAAAUGGCGUGCCAUAGUCCCUUGAGAGUUAUCUGAACAAACAUGGAUGACUUCAGUGAAGUAACAGCAGUGAAAAUGUGAAUCAGAACUUUUUUGAAUCCAUAUUGACUGUAGUUCGCCAGCAGGACCAGUUUUUUGGAUGUUUUUUUUUACUACUGACAGUCUCAGAAUAUCUCAUUGUGUUUGUGCGCGUAUGUGUGUGUGUGGACAGAUUACGCCUGUUAAUGAACCUAAGAGCUAUUAAAGCCACAAUGUUAUUUUCUUUUCCAA